CGCCGAUGCCUACACAUCCAUCGAUCUAUCCUCACACCAACUAUGCCACUGAAACCCCAUUCACCCUAUCCGCCUCAUUGUCGUCCUCAUCUCCUUCCAUGCAUCCUCUUCCACCAUUGAAACCUCCAACUUCCUGUGAUUCCGUGACAUCUGCAUCAUCGGAACACGCCAUGCGGCAUGAUUUAAGUGUCGGACAGCAAUAUUUACCAAGCUAUUCCCGAAAUGUUCAUGCGAAUCAGACAGAUCCCGUCAGGUCCACUUAUUCAAUGCAUUAAGUAACGAAACAUAACAAAGAAAGAACACAAAUCAUUUCACUCGCCUAUUCCAGCUCUUGCAGCCGAUUGGGCCAAACUUUAAUUUGUCAUGAUACUCGCUUAUUAUGAUGAUGACAAUGAAUUUUAGCAAAAGGUUGAUUGGGAAAACGGAUUCGUCAUGCACGGCUUUCUCAAAUGUUAAACAAUUACCUUUAAAUAAAUCCGCCUUGGUUAAAUCCACCUUCCAUUCAUUCUUUGUCUUUUUUUUUUUUCCUUUCUUUUUCUUCUUUAUUUUUUUUUCUUUUCAGGAGGUCCACAUGAUGAAUUACACAAUGAAACGGCGGAAACGAGACGCAACAAUAACGAUGAACAUUCUUGUUGUCGGAUCCACAGGCACUGGAAAAACGUCGUUUGUACAGGCAUUCUAUGAUCGAUUGCAUUCCUGUACUUUUCCUUACACACCUAAAGAGAGCCAUCUUCCCGAUACUGGACGAACUUCCCUGGUUCAGGAGACUGUGCGUUUUCGCGAUCACUCGACGUUGGUUACUCUCGACGAUGUAAGAAUGGAACUGACAGUCACCGAUACACCAGGUCUCUUGAUGGAUCAGGGACGACUGGUGUUGGAUUAUCAAAUCCUUCAUUUGAUGAAGUUUAUCGAUGACCAGUUUGACCACACCUUAUCAGAGGAAACCAAGGUCAAAAGAGACACCAACGUACGCGAUACGCACAUUCAUGCAUGCUUAUAUUUCCUCAACCCGACAACUGCAGGCCACCUUGGGGAAUUGGAUCACUACAUGCUGAGGCUCUUGAGUUCCCGUGUCAACAUUAUUCCAAUUCUGAAUCGUCGCCAUUUUCCUGCAUCAUCGAUACAGAUCAAGGAAACAUUGGCCAGAGAUCUUUCCACAGCAGCCGGCGUUUCACUUUUUUCUGGUGUUUGUUUGGAUGAACUAAGGAGGUUCGGUGAUUCCACCGAACGCGAGGACCCAACAGAUAUCACAACACUUGCAACCGCCAUGCACAAGUUGCAGCAAACCAAACAUGACGAAAGGAGAAUUGCAGCAAGCAAUAUUUAUAAAGAGUAUACAGUUGAGGAAGAAGACGAUGAAGAAGACGAGAAACACGCAUCACUUGUAUCGGCUGUGGAAAAAUACUCUCAUUUGAUACCGUUUGUCGUUGCCGAUACACCGAUCGCUGGUCGUAAGAAUAAUGCCGUCCAUGGAAUAUGUGACCUACGGCAAAAUCGAUUAUUAUUGGCACAGGAUAAUGUACAUACAGUGGAAGCGUUUCGGUCUCGCAAUGAUUUGGCGCAAUUACAACACCUGUUGCUCGUGUCACAUCGAGAGAUGCUUCGCGACAAUACAGUGCACUUUUACGAAUGCUAUCGGACAGAGCGUCUGAUCCAAAGGAAAAUCACUCGCAUGACUACCCUUAGAACGGCGGAUGGAACUAUCUUGAUGUAAUAUGUAAUGUUAAUAAUGAAUAAAAAGCCGUGAGCU